GGCGAGGCGGGGCGGAGGGGCGGGGCUUGGCCGCGGUUGUUUUUACCCAGGCCUCGGCGCCUAGGCGCUCGGCCGAGGCUGAUCUGCGUGCAAGUGUGAGCCGCGGCUGAGCCAAGCGCUUGAGGCGCAAGGCAGCCAGGAGGGCCGGUGCGGCGCGGGGAGCCGGCGAGCGCGCCUUCGGCAUUGGCCGCCGCGAUGUCAGCUCAGUGCUGUGCGGGCCAGCUGGCCUGCUGCUGUGGGUCUGCAGGCUGCUCUCUCUGCUGUGAUUGCUGCCCCAGGAUUCGGCAGUCCCUGAGCACCCGCUUCAUGUACGCCCUCUACUUCAUUCUGGUCGUCGUCCUCUGCUGCAUCAUGAUGUCAACAACCGUGGCUCACAAGAUGAAAGAGCACAUUCCUUUUUUUGAAGAUAUGUGUAAAGGCAUUAAAGCUGGUGACACCUGUGAGAAGCUGGUGGGAUAUUCUGCCGUGUAUAGAGUCUGUUUUGGAAUGGCUUGUUUCUUCUUUAUCUUCUGUCUACUGACCUUGAAAAUCAACAAUAGCAAAAGUUGUAGAGCUCAUAUUCACAAUGGCUUUUGGUUCUUUAAACUUCUGCUGUUGGGGGCCAUGUGCUCAGGAGCUUUCUUCAUUCCAGAUCAGGACACCUUUCUGAACGCCUGGCGCUAUGUGGGAGCCGUCGGAGGCUUCCUCUUCAUUGGCAUCCAGCUCCUCCUGCUCGUGGAGUUUGCACAUAAGUGGAACAAGAACUGGACAGCAGGCACAGCCAGUAACAAGCUGUGGUACGCUUCCCUGGCCCUGGUGACGCUCAUCAUGUAUUCCAUUGCCACUGGAGGCUUGGUUUUGAUGGCAGUGUUUUAUACACAGAAAGACGUCUGCAUGGAAAACAAAAUUCUGCUGGGAGUAAAUGGAGGCCUAUGCCUGCUUAUUUCAUUGGUAGCCAUCUCACCCUGGGUCCAAAAUCGACAGCCACACUCGGGGCUCUUACAAUCAGGGGUCAUAAGCUGCUAUGUCACCUACCUCACCUUCUCAGCUCUGUCCAGCAAACCUGCAGAAGUAGUUCUAGAUGAACAUGGGAAAAAUGUUACAAUCUGUGUGCCUGACUUUGGUCAAGACCUGUACAGAGAUGAAAACUUGGUGACUAUACUGGGGACCAGCCUCUUAAUCGGAUGUAUCUUGUAUUCAUGUUUGACAUCAACAACAAGAUCGAGUUCUGACGCUCUGCAGGGGCGAUACGCAGCUCCUGAAUUGGAAAUAGCUCGCUGUUGUUUUUGCUUCAGUCCUGGUGGAGAGGACACUGAAGAGCAGCAGCCGGGAAAGGAGGGACCACGGGUCAUUUAUGAUGAAAAGAAAGGCACCGUCUACAUCUACUCCUACUUCCACUUCGUGUUCUUCCUAGCUUCCCUGUAUGUGAUGAUGACCGUCACCAACUGGUUCAACUACGAAAGUGCCAACAUUGAGAGCUUCUUCAGCGGGAGCUGGUCCAUCUUCUGGGUCAAGAUGGCCUCCUGCUGGAUAUGUGUGCUGUUGUACCUGUGUACGCUGGUCGCCCCCCUCUGCUGCCCCACCCGGGAGUUCUCUGUGUGACGAUAUUGGCGUCCCCUGGGCUUUGUGGGCCUACAGCCUGGAAAGUGCCAUCUUUUGAACAGUGUCCCCAGGGGUUAAGUAGGGACUGGCGCCCUGUGCCUGAGUGGGUCUGAGAAGGCUUUGAGAGAAAAAAAAAAAAAAAAAAUCUCCUGAUUAGCUUUUUACUUUGGAAAUUCAAAAAGAAACUACCAGUUUGUCCCAAAGGAAUUGAAAUUUCCAACCAAAUGGAUCAUGGUUGAAAUAUCUUACCCCUAGGAACUGGAUACCAGUUAUGUUGACUUCCUUCUGCAUGUUUUUGCCAAAACAGAAUUUGGGGCACAGCAUCUUUUCACAGGGAUAAAAAUACUUUGUGUGGCCAGUCAUUCUCAUCCUUGGAAUAGAAAAACAUGCCAAAAUCUUGAGUCCCCAGCCCCUAACAGAAUCCAGACCCCUCUCACUCACUUCCGCCUCUUCAGAGCCUUGUCCCCAGGGGGCUUUGAGGACAGGACUCAGCCUGCAGGGCCCCUGGUAUUUAUAGGGUCCAAGAGGAGGCACCUGCUUUUCAACUGCACCCUCAGUGCUGCCUCUUCAUGGCCCCUAAACGUUUCCCUUUGAGGUUGUGAUGCUGGAAAUCACAGACUUCACUCUCUGCCUGCACCCUUCCCCGAGGUCUCAUCUUUUCUGGGUCCCACAUCUUUGUAAUAAUGUGAAAAAGCACAAUUUGCCUGGUCACCCCCCACGUGGUUCCCCACCUUAUUAUCACUACCUGAUCCGAGUUACUGCAAUAAGUACGGCGCUUAUUUGUGGUGUUAUUCACAUGAUUAUAGAACAAGAUUCAUGUUUUCUUUGCCUAAGCAAUGGAGGGCUAUCAUUCUUACUUGUUUGUGCUGUUGAUAAUGAUAGUACUUUUAGGACCUUAACUGAAAAGCUGCUUCGUGUUGAAGACUGCUGCAUGCACUGCUCUUUUGGUUGUUGAGGUCAGCCCCUCAAGUUUUUCUCCAACUGUAAAAGCGGAAGACGUUUUGUGUUCUGGAUCUGUAAUGUGACCAUACCGUUCAGGUUCAUUCUGGCAUCCUUGGAGUAGAUUUGCUAACGUGAGAAUUUCUGAGGUGAGGAUCUCAGACACACUGACCAGAAGAAGCUUGUUAGGCAAUGUGUGGGAGUGGCUGAAUAUACUUAAAAAGAGGUGGGCAGAGGCAGGCGGAUCACUUGAGGUCAGGAGUUCCAAGACCAUCCUGGCUAACACGGUGAAACCCUGUCUCUACUAAAAAUAGAAAAAUUAGCCAGGCAUGGUAGCGUGUGCCUGUAAUGCCAGCUACUCGGAGGCUGAGGCAUGAGAAUCACUUGAACCCGGGAGGCGGAGGUUGCAGUGAGCUGAGAUCACACUGCACAGGAAUUUCCAAAACACAUACUUGCAAAGUAAUACAGAAACAUGACUUUCGGCAGCUACCCGAGAUGAUGCCUAUUUUCAGUGUUGAUGUUCUCAGGCAGGGAAAAGGUUUACUUGGUGGAAACUCCUGUUAGAAUUUCAUUCGGGGUAGAAAGAAUCUUCUCAAGCUCUCUGGAAGUGAGGAUCUAAGAGUAAAAGGCUCAGCCUAGUCAUUUUUUUCUGUGCCCUACUGUAUGAGUUGGGCAGAAUUGAGUGCCACCUAAGCUGGGCUUCUGUGUGCCAAAAUGCUGGUGGGUGAAAUUAGUGAAAUUCUUUCUAUUCAUUCCUUUGCCCUUCUCCCAAGAAAACCCAUGGGGAAACAAAUUACAGGGGAUGAAUUCCUUUAGAACUUUCCCUACUUCGAGUGUUUGAGAUUCAGUUUCAAAAGGCACUCCGUCUGUGUGUGUGGUUUAGAGAGCCUUGUUUUGUAAAUUCCAUUAAAUUUCCUUUUGUAGGGCAGGAGCUCUGUACUCGGCAGUUAAAAGAUUCAUCCGGAGUCGCAAAAUGAAAAGCCGUGUGCUAACCCGAGGAACCAGUUAGGGGACAGGAGCUCUGUAGGCCAGGAAUGGGCUCAGGGAGUGGGGCUGCAUGUCACACACAGUAGCUGUGUUGCAGUGGCCUAGGGCCUUGGGGGUUGUCUUUAGGAAACACCCUCAGGGGAAGCAGGUAAAGUGCCUGGGCAGUAUUGUGACUAGUUUCAUUGUUUUCCUCCUGCUGAGGUCUAGCAGAGCCCUUGCUUUGUCUUGGCUUCUUCGCGGCUGGGUCCGGCUGCCAGCUGGUGUGAUUUGAGAAACUGACCUUAACGCCCAGUCAAGGUUGAGCUGACAAGGCCUUGGAUUCCUUGGCUGGCCGUGGUUGGCCCUUUCCUCUGCAGAAAGCAGCUCAGGGAAGCCCAAGCAAGGGAGUGUGGCCGGUAGAAGGCCCUUGUCGCUUCCUUCUGGAGCCACCCCAGCCACCCCACGUUUUCCAGAUGCAUGAGUCUGGUUUGUGACAUCCCGUUCCCUUCUGCCGUUUGGUCUGAUGCAAGAGGAAGAGUUACAGUUGCUUUUAAUUUUAUUCUCAGCUGAAAAUGUUAGCACGUGUAUCUGGAUGAACAAAAGAGAUAUGGAUGUAUCUGAGGACUGAGGGACUAUCAAUGCAAAGUUAAUGUUAAUGGUUAUUAAUUGUGAUAUACAAUACUCAGGUGAGGAGUCAACAUUUCUGGAUUUAAAGAAUCUACAGUUUUGUGCAAUUGUGAUUUGAGAAACUGGAAACAUUGUGCCAAUGGCUUUGAGUUGCUAUAACAAUGGUGUUAAUUUGGUUAACUCACUCACUGAUACCUUUAAAAAAUAAUAGACAUUUGCUUCCUACACCUUUUUGUACAUGACCUGAAGAGUAUAUUCCCAGAAGCUGCUGGUCAGACACAUUUAGGGAUGACAGUUGAAGAGGACUUUUUUAAAGCUGCAUGUGAAUAUUUCCUCUGUGUCAUUUGUCUGAUGUAGAAAAGUUUUCCCCUCAUUUUUGUGAGUGAAAACACUAAGUGGGUGGCAGGGGGGUGGGGGUUCUUAUGGGGGUGUCAUACUGAGGCAUGUUACCUGACUGGAGACUAGAGACUAUUUCCAUUAUAAGCCUUCAGAAACCCAACCACGUCUUUACUGGUCUAGCUUUUUAAAUACUGAUUGGUUAGUUUUAUUUUUGCCCACAGUUUCUUGGGCAAAAAGGUUCUUCAUUUUGUCUGAAAAAGAAAUUAUUUGCCAGAGGUAUUUGGAGCCUCUUUGAAGGGGAGAUAGAGUGGGGGUGGGUUGUGGGGAAGGUGGAGUUAUUGGGGUUUUGGGGUUCUGUUUCCAUACAACAUUGUUUAUUUCCGAUUCUUCAGAAGAUUCUUUAUUGUGAAUAACCUCAGUGUAAUGUUAAUUUCCCGCCCCCAUGCCAAAAUUGUCACCCUCAGCCUUUGUUUUUUUUUUUUUUUGGAGACAGGCUCACUCUUGUCAGCCAUGCUGGAGUGCAGUGACAUGAUCUUGACUCAUGGCAGGCUUGACCUCCUGGGCUCAAGGACCACCUCCCAAGUAGCUGAGACCACAGGUUUGCCCCAUCACACCUGGCCAAUUUUUAUUUUUUUGUGGAGAUGGGGUUGUCCAGGCUGGUCUCAAACUCGUGAGCUCAAGCAAUGUGCCCGCCUUGGCUUCCCAAAGUGCUGGGAUUAUAGGCGUAAACCACUGCACGCAGCCUACCCUCUGCCUUUUUAAGAUGAUGUAUUUAUUUAAUUUUUGCCAUCAUUGGUGCUUCACCUUCCUGCGAAGGAAAUUCCAGAGCCUGUAUUUAAGCUACCUAGGCUUUUACACUCCCUUUAUUGCCUUUCUAAAUAGUGUCUCAUUUGGUGUACUCUAGUAUACUAUACCUCUUGGAAGUGAAAGAGGGCCCAACCUAUAACUAAGAAGGGACAAACCUUGAACUAAGUAAGACCUUACACACCCAGAAAGAACACUGGGCCCUCCUUCAGGGACAAUGCAGUAGCCACUUGGCUUGUGGAAUUUUCUGAAGGCUAUUUCCUGUAACUUGCUAGUUAACUUAGUUUUGCAUUUCAGGCAGAGGUGUACUCUGUAAUGUUGGGCCUUUGACUUCACAGUACUGGAGAGCUGUUCACACAGAUGUUUAGAACUUUCUAUCUCUCUCUCUUUUCUUCUUCCUCAACAACAAAUCUUUCACAGAGGCAGUCAUUUUGAAAGGUUGAAAUAUUUGGCCUUUACCAAAGAGCUUUUUUUUUCCUUAAGCAAAACCCUUUCAGAAAGAAACAAAUGGGGAAGGACAGAUUAAAAAUGCAUAUAUCCCAAUCCACUUCUAUAGGAGUUUAAUCAUAUUCACAUGAGUAAAAUGAUGGAAGAACUCUUUAAGGUAAUCCUUUGGGAUAAAGGAUCCUGGGAAGUUCUCUCAGGUAAAGAAAGGUUACAGCAGAUGUGUAAUAUAUGUAUUGAGAGCUAUUUAUAAGAAAUUUAAGAGGAUUGUUUUGUUUUCCUUUAUUAAAGAUUUAAGCCUUUUUUACUUUGCAAAAAGAAAACUACGAAAGUUUUAUAGAUAUAACUUUGCUAAUUUUUUAAACUUUUCUGAAACAAUUAGCUGUAGCCAAAUUAUGUGGUUACGUUUUGCUACAUUAGAAUUUGAAAAUGCAAUAUAUGUGGUAAAUCUACUGUUUGAAAUUUAUAAUGGUCUCUGAUUAGAAUUUUGGUAACUUUUGAAAGUUGUUUUCCCCCUUUAGUCAUGGAUUUCUAUUUGUUUUUUAAUGUUAAUUUUUCUAUAAAGCAUCUGAAUUGACUAGGCUUUUCCUAUGUAAAAAACUCAAAACUUGUUAACUCUGUACUUUAAUAAAAUUUAAAAUUAAAA